GAGCGCCGUGCCCGACCGCGGACUGCCGUAUGUACCGGAGCGCUGGGCGGACAGCCUUGGGGGGCACCGGCCGCCACCUGAGUGACCGCGGGAGGAGGAUGCUGGGGGAGCCCCUGGGAAGCCCUGCCUGGGUCCUCCUGCUCUGCUGGAGCCUGGCUGCUUGCUGCACACGUGCCAUGGCCUUGCAGCCACCCAGCAUCACCACCCUGCGGAUGCCAGCAGAGCUUCCUCGCCCAGGUGAGAGUGUGACUGUGUCAUGUGAAGCACUGAGUGAGCUUCCAGAGAUGACGCUGCUCUACUGGCUGGAGAAUGGCUCCUUCGUGGAGAGCCUGCACCCGGAUGGGGCUGUGCGUGAGGGGACAGUGCAAGUCUAGGGAGUGCAAAGACCAAGGCUUCGGAUCAACAAGACAGCCUCAGGUGAACUGGAUGCAUGUCAUAGGAGAUCAAAGACCUAACAUGUGCUGUUACAAUUGUGCUGCUACAAUACCUAAGGCAAAGCCUUUGCAGAUAAAGGUCAGUGUUUGCAACUGAAUGCCAGAGAUCCUUCACAAUUUAUUAUUCCUACAACACAUGAGCAGUUUGAAUGGUGUUUUGCUAACUGUACAGCCUUGCAAAGUGCUUUGCAAAAUUUUUCUGACACCUCGGGAGGCCGUCCUGAAGGGCAAAGGAGCCUAGGAAGGCUGGAUGUGCUGUAAGAAGGAAUCUUCAGGGCACAGAAGCAGGCUACACUGAAAGAAGAGCCAGAGGGAGGGGAACUUUGUCUGGAACUCAGAGUAAAAAGGAGAGUUUAUAAUAUUUGAAAGAAGGGGCAGCAAAUCAGGAAAUCAACAAGGAUGUGAUGAGGCAGAGAGAAAACAAGAAGAAUGGAAGCUCAUGUGGCCACUGCUGUAAAAGACAAUAAAACAAAUGUGUCUAUAAAUACAUUAACCAUAAAA